AUGCGUAUAAUAACGUGGAAUGUUAAUGGGAUUAGGUCAAUAAUAAACUAUUAUCCUUGGAAUAAACACAGAGAAUAUAAGCAAAUACUGGAUACACUAAAUGCUGAUAUAAUUUGUUUUCAAGAAACGAAAGUUACUAUAGAUAAACUAGAUUCUUCCCUUGCAAUAAUACCAGGAUAUGACGCUUAUUUUUCUUCUUCAAGAGGAAAAGGUGGAUAUGCUGGAGUCGUAACAUAUGUAAGGACAAGUACCGUUAAACCAAUUGCAGCUGAAGAAGGAAUCUCUGGCGUUUUAAGUGAAAUACCCGCAAAUGCUAAAUCAAAAGAUAAUAUGACGACAUCAGGAAUCAAACCUAGUAUUACUAGUGAAUUUACAACAGAUGAGUUGUUAGAAAUAGAUUCGGAAGGUCGAUGCGUUACUCUUGAUUUUGAAACAUUUGUUUUGUUCAAUGUAUAUUGUGUACAUGAAUCCUCUCAAGACCGUCUUCCCUACAAAUUAAAAUUCUAUAAAAUAUUACAAAAGCGUGUGGAAGCUUUGCUUGAUUCUGGGAGACAAGUUAUAGUUAUUGGAGAUUUAAAUGUUACACAUAAAGAAAUAGAUCAUUGUGAUCCUCAAAAAUCAAUGAAAGAGUAUGGUUUAGAAUCUUUUGGUGAUCAUCCGGCAAGAAUAUGGUUUGAUAGUUGGGUUUCGCCGAAUGGUCCAAUGAUUGAUUUGUGUAGGAAACUUCAUCCGGAUGAAGAAGGAAUGUUUACAUGCUUGGUAAAAUGGUUUAAAUCAUGCGAUGUAAAACAAGAUAUUAUGGGGUCUGAUCAUUGUCCAAUAUUUGGCGAAUUAUUUGAUGAAAUAUAUGAAGGGGAUCAUAAACUUUCAUUAUUUAAGGAAGAUGCUUUAAAGGCAACAACACCGAAACUUUGUGCAAAAAAUUUGGCAAGAUUUUCGGGAAAUCAGCAAACACUGAAAAGCUUUUUUACCAAGCAGGAUAUAAGAGAAAAACAAGCGCAGGAAAUGAAAUUAGAAACUUCGAAGAUUAGUAAUGAUGAAAAUGUAAAAAAAAUAACUAGUAUAAUACCAUCGGAUUCAUCAAGUUACAUUUCUGAAGGUUUAAAAGGGCAAUUGGAACUUGAAGGGAAGACAGGAACACCUUUAAUGUCAUUUUUCAAAAAAACCAUUCAAGAAAAAUCACCAGAAAAAAAAUUAGAAUUAGUAAACAAGUCGGAAGAAGAACGGGUAGAGUUAGAUUCAGUCAAUAUAUCUGAUUCCUCAAAUUCACCUGAAGAAUCUUUAUAUGAUAUGCUUGAUAAUGAAUAUGAACGCACGGAGAUUUCUCCCAGUAAUAAUAAAGAAGAAAUACAAUCUCAAUGGAAUGAUUUAUUCAAACCAAGGCCUAUUCCAAAUUGUAUUGUACAUGGAGAAUCAUGCAAAGAAUAUACGGUUAACAAACCUGGAAUAAAUCAGGGAAGACGAUUCUACUUGUGUUCGAGACCUGUUGGAAAUUCUCAGGAAAGCCGUUGUGACUAUUUUGAAUGGGUCAAUGGGAAUAAAUCCAAGUUUUCGAAGCCUGUAAAAAGAUCUUUUUCAGGCCAAAUUCAUGAUAAUAAGUCAAACAAAAAGAAACGAGAUUCUUAA